CUUUCUCCACUUGUCACUAGACUAUGAUGAAGGAAGAGCCAAGAGUUCGCCCAAGACGAAAUAAGCCAUGUGAAAACUGUCGUAUGCACAGGCGCAAGUGCGUCAGCUAUGAUAACUCAACUUGCGAACGCUGCCACAAACUCGAUCUCGACUGUAUUUUUAAGAUAACAGAGAAACCUAACCGCCCUUACAAACCAGCCAUCUCAACUUCAAAACGUAAUAAGCUAUACGAGGCUAUUUGGACACUAGAAGACGAAACUGAAAAUAUUCAACUUGAACUUUCUCGGUUAAAAAAUAUCGCCAACAACGAAUGCAAAUGCACUGAUCCAAAUAAAUGUCAAGCAAUACAGACAUUGCCUUCUUCUAGCCAUACACGCUGGGCACUCACUAUUUCCAGUAAUCAACAUGGUAUUCACUUACAAACCAAUAUUCGAUCCAUGGCAGACCUUGCCAGUUUCUUACAAGAAGCAUUCGGCGUAUUUGUCAAUGAAGGCAAGUUUUCAAUUAACCACUCUCUGUCUGAAUUGGACGGCAGACAAGUUGUGCCAUUAACAUUUCAAUCCUUGGGCUACGAACGGAUGUUUCGGCCCUUGUUCUCAGCAGUCACUGCCACGCAAGUUGCCCAGACAACCGAGUCUCUUUUGGAUGGAUUUGGGCCUAAUGUUCAUCGACAGAUUCGUAGUCUAAAAUUGUCCAUGAUUCGUAUUUAUUUCAACUGCCAAGGCCUAGUCAACCCAUUCCUGAUUCAUUCUUAUUACUAUCCUCUUCUUUGCGAGAAUCCAGAUUCAUUACUAGCCACUGCUGUGGUUGCCAUGGUCGCACACUCGCCUUGUGUCCAUGUCAACAUGUCGGGAUUUACAUUUACACGCUCUCAAUUUGCAGAAAUAUGUCGUUUAGAAGCGAAGGAAAUGCUAAAGGAAACAUUGUUUGAAGCUGAACCCACGUUGGAUACGUGCCUCUCGCUUCAUAUUCUUGUUUUCAGCAGUCUUCAUGCACUCAAGGGCGUCGAAGGUCGAUUUCAAGCAAGCAUUUGCUGGCAAAUGAUGACUCAAUUACGAUCGACUUAUAUGGAUAAACGCAACAUAAGAACAUCAGAAGAUAUCAUCAAAGCAGAAGCAUUUAAGCGAGUUUACUAUCUUGUGCGAUAUAUUGAAGUAACACUACACAUGAUAUAUGAUAAUGCUAAAGACUUUUCACAUAUCACACAACACCCUGAUGUGGGCCUACCGAGCGUAUUACCCUGCGAAGCCUCAGAUGAUCGACUUGUCAACUCUGUGCUCGCUUUUCAGACUGUAUGUCGUUUGAUUGUAUCCCCAAGUGCUGAUCUUAAUGAAAAGGAAGGCAGUGCACUUCGCUUAAUGGCAGGUGUGGUAGAAGCUAUCCCUUCAAACAUAAUCCAACAAUUAGAACGCAACCUUCUCAGUGUAUGGGAAGCAACAGCACCACGGGUCAGAUUGGCUACAAGUCCUUAUCGUCUAAUUGAUUCAGCAGUAGUUGAAACAUGUCAAGACCCUUGUAUUUUACGUUGUAAUCUCAAUUACUAUAUUUACUGGAUGUCAUUGCAUUCUAAAGUCAUGGAGCAACCUCAAGAAACAGAUUUGACAGGUGCUGCAUUUGGUCGCAUUGAUGGCGAUCGUGCGCUUAUUAUUGUCUCUAUCUGCUCAGAUGCUAUCACUCAGAUCUAUAAAGCCAUGAAUGCUUUACUACCUUGUGCAAUUGAAAUCCAUUGGAUCACCAUGUGUGUUGAUGUGCUUAAGCUAUUGUCUACUUCAGCAAAUAUACCAAUACGAAAAAGAGCUGAGCAAAACCAUGAUGUAUUGUCUCGUGUCCUGUAUGACAAAUUACGUUGUAUGGGCGACGAUUCCAGCUAUCCUUUUGCUUCUCAAGCACCAUAUCUUAUCCACAUCAAAAAAGCCAUUAAUGGUUACAUGAACACAUCUAAGCAUAAUCUGUAA